AGGGACCAAUAUUUAUGUCUUCUCCUUCAAUAUUUAAGAAGCUUAUAGGGUUAACAUUUGCGCCGCGCUUCUAUUCUCUUGAAGUUUGACGAAAAAACAGAACGUGAAAAAGGGCGUCUUAAAGUUUUUUCACCCUAAAAACAGCUCAGAGAGGUUGGAGAGGUAUUACUAUGACCAUUAUGGUACAGAAUUAUUCAAAAGUGGAUGCGCAACUAUGCCUAAAAAUCCUUACUUUGUAGCGAAAAUACGAGCAGAAAGGAGAAACCAACAGUACGUUCCGAUUGAUGUGGUGAGAGACAAUAAACUUAAACUCCCUUCAAGCAUGACCAUUCGCGCUGCUGGCAAAGAAUAUGAGACAAAACUCAAGAUUUGGAAGGAUGGUAGAAUAUGGCUACAUGGAGGAUGGCGCAAUUUAUGUAGAUGGAACCAUGUGGAGAAAAAUGAUUGGUGCAUUUGUGAAUUUGUGAGAGGAAAAGGCAAAAAAGGCUUUUACCUGCAAGUUCAAGUUCUUCAUGAGGGAGCAAGUUCCAAUUCCAGCAAAAAAAAUAAGAAAUACUUUGUUGCUAUUCAACACAACAUUUUAGUUUUUAUUGCCUCAAGUGCUAUUAUAAGUUGACAAAUUUUGAAGACUAAGUGGUGUUGCUUGUUGACAAAAAUUGAUGAUUUGUCUAGCUUGUAUUGAUAGCUCUGGCAAUUAUUAAGCCAAUUGACUGGCGUUUAGACUUGACUAGUUUGUUAAGUACUGUUGUUUGUUACCGUACAAGUUUUUAAGACUUGUCUAGUUUGUAUUAAUAGCUGUGGCAAUUAGGCCAAUUGAUUGAUGUUAAGGCUAAA